AUGCUCUCCCGCGCCGCCGUCCGUACCACGACCUCUCUGGUCACCAAGCGAGGCUUCCAGACCACCCGCGCCCGCCUCUCCUCGCCGUACCACUACCCCGAGGGCGCCUACAGCAACAUCCCCUUCAACCCCCGCAGCAAGUGGUUCGGCGUUGGCUUCUGGGGCUUCAUGGCCACCGGCUUCUUCGCUCCCUUCGGUAUUUCCGGUGCGUGGUUUCUCUCCCGUGCUCUCCCGGCCGGACGCAUCGAUGCUAACUCGCCGUGCAGUCUGGCAGACCUACAAGCCUACCUAAGUCCGUGGUUAGCGGAUUGGCCUGUGGAUGGAUCGUUGUGUACAUAA